GGAAUUUGUAGACAGUAUUACACGGGCUCGCUGCCGAGCGGCGUCUGUUGUAAUAUGUAAACUUUAUUCCAUAUAGAUCGCGCGAUUUGUAAAUGUAAAAGUGCGUAAGUCGUGAGUUGUUGCACACUCAUUACAAGUGUUUUAAAUUCUUAUAAGUGUUAAUCACCUUCUACAAUGUUCAAUUGAAAUUGCAAAAAUUAAUAUUGUAAAUUGGGAUAAUGAUUUUAAAAUUAUAUUUUCUCAAAAUCAAUUUUAAAUCAUCGAUUAUUAUGUAUGAUCGUCAACGAGAAGACAAAUAAACAUCAAUAUGAGUAGCUUAGUAUGAUACUGUGGCCGAUUUUUUGCAUACUAUAUGGAUUUCAAACAGUGUGGUGUAUUUCUGCCAGCCAAGCUCCUGGUGACAUCACGGUCAUGUUCAUAAGUCCGACCACUGUCAAAGUAUCUUGGAAAAUAUCACUAAUAGGUAUUGAAAAAUAUGACGUCAUGUACAAACCAACCAACGCCAGUUACAGGGUAGUAGCGGAGAUAGCGGUCAAUUCCGAUUCCGUGACACUUGGUAACUUGAUGCCAAAUACACAAUACCAAGUAACUGUGACAGCGUUCAAAGCCGGUCGCCGAUUCCGUAGCAGACCAGUAAUAUUUAAAACACUUGAUAAAGGUGUGUCGUGGCCAGAUAUUCAACAUUCACAGAUGAAUACUAGUGGUGAUGUUGAUAUAUCACCACCGGAUGUUGUAGGUGGUGUUGGACAUUCAGUACCACCAGAAGGUUCUACUUCCCCUCCUUAUGUACAGGUGCGAGGAAUCGAAAUUACUAUAGUAGUACUGGUCUUAAUGGUCUGGGUCGGCGCUAUAAUAAUGUUUUUCAACCGAUGGGGUAAAAUUAGGAUGCUUAUACCAUAUCAACCAGACUAUAAAGACACGCAACUCAAAGUGCCCGGAACAGGUGCAUGUAAUACGACCAACUCAUGCCAAAACCCAACAGGACCAAGUUUUUGUUGUUCGCAGAGACACCUGAUGCGCUGCGGCCUGGCCGAUCCGCUGGACUGGCGCGUCCGGAACCUGUUGCGGUCCCGGUCCCGCGUCAACUCGGCCAUCUACAUCAGUCCCGUCUAUCAGGACGCGCACGUCCGAAACGGUAUUUCGGUGAGGCCGAUACGGAAGGCCCAGAGCGCGGACUUCCUGCCCAAGUACGACUACAGUGGCUGGGCCAACUACCAGCAGUUCUCGUUGCCACUGUCCUCCGGUCGCGGCGGCGGUGGCGUCUGUGGCGGCGGAGUCUGUGCCAGUGGCGUCUGCGCCAACGUCGUUAGUGCCAGCGGCGUCUGUGCCAGUGGCGUAUGCGCCAACGUCGUCACUGCCGGCGGCGUCUGUGCCAGUGGCGUCUGCGCCAACGUCGUCAGUGCCGGCGGCGCCGAGAGCACCGUCCACCAGCGGCACAUGAAACAAUUCCAACUGCCCACCGUUUCCAUAUCCAUCGCGUCUGACUCGGAUAAGGCGCUCAACGAACUGCUCAUCUAAAAUAUGCACCACAUCUGGUCGUACGCUCAUCGCAAUGCCGAUGCGACGAUCGUGUUCCGAUACGCACCGCGCCGGAUUUCCGUAAAUCUACGUUUUUAUAUCGUGUACAAUAAUACCAUAAUAAUAUUACGUUAUAAAAAUCAUA